AGAAAAUGUUCCUCGCAAAGUUUGGCUGACGGCACCCACCGCCCACAGAAGCGCACCUCUGUUCUUUGGUGUGUGGCCGUGUGGAUUCAAAACCGCUGACCGGCCGCUUAUUUAAGCCCUUGCCCCGCCGGUUUUCUCUUCUCCCGUCGGCGCUGGUCCACGCGGCUCCAACACCUGCCUGCCUGCCUGAUUCUUACACCAACCAACCACGCGCGCCAAGCCGAAUUCGUCUUCCACCGAUCCGCCCCGCCCGUUUCCCAUUGCUUAGCUUGCUAUGGCGCAGCAGCAGCCGGUGCGGCGGAUUCUGAAGGUGGCACCGCCGGGGAAGGGGGACGGGGAAUCCUUCCCCACGGUGCAGGCGGCGGUCGACGCGGUGCCGCUGGGCAACCGGGCGCGCGUCGUCAUCCGCCUCGCGCCGGGGGUCUACAGGGAGCCUGUCUACGUCGCCAAGACCAAGAACUUCAUCACCGUCGCGGGGGCCUCGCCCGAGGCCACCGUCGUGUCAUGGGACAACACCGCCACGCGCAUCAGGCACUCGCAGUCAUCCAGGGUUAUAGGAACUGGAACAUUCGGCUGUGGUACGUUCAUCAUUGAGGGGGAAGAUUUCAUUGCAGAGAAUAUCACGUUUGAGAACUCAGCUCCCCAGGGCUCUGGGCAGGCCGUUGCAGUCCGGGUAACCGCAGAUAGGUGUGCUUUCUACAACUGCCGGUUCCUCGGUUGGCAAGACACAUUAUACUUACACUACGGGAAACAGUACUUAAGAGACUGUUAUAUUGAAGGCCAUUGUGACUUCAUCUUUGGUAACUCUGUCGCCCUUAUGGAGCAUUGCCAUAUCCAUUGCAAAGCAGCGGGAUACAUCACUGCUCAUAGCCGGAAGUCCACAUCAGAAUCUACUGGCUAUGUGUUCUUGAGGUGUACUAUUACUGGACAUGGAGAAGCUGGAUACAUGUUCCUAGGUCGGCCAUGGGGGCCCUUUGGAAGGGUUGUCUUUGCGUACACUUUCAUGGAUCGAUGCAUCAAGCCUUCUGGGUGGCACAACUGGGACAAAUCCGAGAACGAGCGAACUGCUUGCUUUUAUGAGUACAGGUGCUCAGGGCCAGGCGCCCUCCCAUCGAACCGGGUCACAUGGUGUAGACAGUUGCUGGAUGUUGAAGCAGAGCAGUUCCUUGCGCACACUUUUAUCGACCCAGACGUCGAUAGGCCAUGGCUCCUCCAGAUGAUGGCGAUAAGAAUACCAGCCUCAGCAUAGUUUGAUCCCGGCAGCCGCAGGUCCUGCAUGGUUCAUGCCUCCUUUCUAGCCUAUUUAAAUAAACUAAGUUGGAGGAUGCAUUAUAUUUGCAUAAGUUUGUAACGUUUGGUGAAUUAGUAUCCACUUUCAUCUCACUGUGGGCGGUGGGGAUAGGGAAUGAGAGAGCUUCUCUUGUAACGAACCCCAGCACUAGGCUGAAAUAUAUGCAGAUUUUAUUUUGCAUGAA